CCUUCGACAGUGCAGGACAACACCCAAACUAGUGGGCGUGGUACAACACAGGUGAGGGAAGAAGGUAAUCUCAAACAGGAACCCGCGACAGGUGAAUGAUCUUCUGGCCAUAACAGAAAACAAGACCGUACAAAGAACAGUAUCUGAAGAUGCCAGAGAGGGGAAGACGCGAUCAGAGUGAUGACUACAAAAGCGGGGAUAAGCGCUAUACACACAAUCGAGACUACUCUGGGUAUGACGCCGAGGAGAGGGGCACUGCAGGUGACAGGAGGGCCGGGGAAAACAGACAGAGGGAUAUGACAACUGCCUCUCACAGACAUGAAGGAACCUCAAGACGGCCCAGAGAGACUUCAGGGGAUCUCUCUGAGAUGGAGUAUUACGAACCACAACCGAAGCCAGCGCUUUACAAUUUCAGAUACAUAUUAAGCAGCAGAGGUAUCUGCCAGAUUGCAGAAGUGUUUGUGAACCUGCUUAUCAUAAUCUGUGCCGGGGUGCCUUACAGCAACGAUGGGGGUUACCGUGACCUGGCCAGCCUCGGUGGAUUAUACUCUUAUUACUACGGUGGUGCCAGUGCCUUCACUGGAGCCGAUGCAAAGAGAGUGCAGGAGCUAGACCGGCUCUUCCAUGAGCUUAAGCGGCCUCCAUACGUCUACGCCAUGGCGGCUGGUGGAAUUGUAAUGAUCUACGCUUUUGCCAUGCUGGGCCUGGGGAUUUUCAGAGUCCCUUUCCGCUGUCCUCCUGUGCUGCUGGUUGAGGCUGUGCUGAGUUUCCUGAUCGGUCUGGGGUACAUCCCAGGAAUUGCCAUCUAUUUUGUCAAGCUGAAGGAAAUCUACGACAACCCCAUCUGUAAGGAGAGAGAGCAGAUGUACAGGAGCAAAGGGCACCAAGGGUUUGAUUGCAAGUACAAUGGUGCAGACAUUGCAGAGGGACUGUUUGGGGUCUUGGGGGUGGCUGUUUUCAUCUUUGGUGCAGUGUUAGCUAUCAGAGCUUUCAGGUCAGUGCGAGAGCUGAAAAAGCAAAGAACAAACGAGGAUGAUCAUUUUUAAGCUGCCUUUCCUUUUUUAUUCACAAACGAACAAAAGUAGGAGUGAGAAAAAAAUCACUUUGACAGGAUUUUUUUUCUUGUCACUCUCAUUAGGUGUUACUUGUAUAAAUGCUGUUUAUACAUUUUUAUGCCUUGAUAGUGUUUUAUACAUACCUAAUCUUUUUUAUUCCUUAUACCUGUUUACCACAUCUUUCAUGUUUUCUAUGAAGUUGUAGUUAUAAUAAACUACCAAAAUAGUAUAAUAUUACAUGGUCAUCUGUCGUUGCAUUUAUCUGUGAAAGAGAUGGCUGAAACUGACUUCCUGAAAGCAAAUGUCUUUGACAUUUUAAAAGGAAAUGGAGUUGAGUGUCACAUGGUUUCUUUUUAUAGUUUUAUAGUUUUGCUGAUGGCUUUGAAGGUUUUUUUUUCCCUUUGUACUUAAUGUAUUGAUUUAAAAAAAAAACACACACACAAAUAAGUCUGAGAAAGACACACACUGUUCUUCUUAUAGCACUCACAAGAGAUAUACUUAUUUUUAAUUAAAAUUUAUUCUCAGAAUUUGUCAACCACUUUACCUGAGUUUAGGAUAACUCAUAACUCUGAGCUUCACCAACAGAUGGCAUCUACUGUGAUUAGGAAUUUACAAAGAUAAAACAUUACAUAUAAUUCCACAGCAGCGGUCACUGUUUCUUCUCAUUUAUUUUCUUGAUCUGAGUAUUGAACAGGACAACACACCAGUGAUAACCGCCUAACCUGCCAUUUUGGGCGUGUAUUAAGGGGUGAGAUUACGUAUGAAAAAUGCAAGGAUGCUAAUAAUUCUAAGAAUGUAAGAAAUUUUAAAGUGAUUUUGUUUUUUAUUGGGUUGAAAUAAACACCCUGAACUGGAUACGUGGGAGACGAUGGAUGGAUGGGUUGAUAUAACCAUUUAUAAUGAUGAGUAAAGUUGACACUGGACAAAAACAAAAAAAUUCACAGUAAAAAGUUUUAUUGCUACUUGGCUUAAAGUUAAAAACAAAACAAAAACCAGCCUGUCUGCUGAAAACUAAUGAUAGCAGCAUUUAAAAUAAAAUAACCACCUUCCACUCUCAGUGUUCAAGAAUAUACAAUUCUUUCCGACAAACCACAAAAGUGCCCAUUGUUAGUUCUUUUCCUAAAUAAUUAAUCUUCUUAAUGAUUAUUAAAAAAAACUAAAUUUGUAGCAGUAAUCUGCAUGCUCGAAUAAAAACCUAAAAAUAUCGGAUAUGCUCCCUUUUGUACAAAUAAAUCACAUUUUGUAUGUAUUUAUGUUUUUUUUCCUGUAGCCUUAUAUUUAGAGCAUGCUUUCAACAAUAAAUACAGUUAUAGUACCAUCAAUAGUACCAUAAUGGGUGACAGUUUUCUGUAUAAGCCCAAUGACUUUAAAUUCUGUAGCAAAAAAGGGAAAUAUUAAUUUGCAUGAAAAAAAAGUACAAAAAUAAACAUCGCUUUCUUGGCAUUCAGGAAAAAAAAUAUUCAAGCAUUUCUUGAAAAUAAUAUGCAUGAAGGAAUAUGAGAUUAAACAAUGGCUACUUUGGUCACAUUUUGAACAAAUGGAGCAUCUCUGAUCGGUUUCAUUCACCAUAUUCACACAGAAUUACAGUCGAUCCA